AUGGAUACACAAACAAAUACCAGACACUUUAGAGGUGAUUCUACAAGUCAUAAAACAUUAACUCCCAAAUAUUUGAAGUGGAAAGUCAAAUUAGAAUUAUCAAGCAUUUUUAUAUCAAACAAAACUCAAUCACCAAUUCCUAGCUCUAAUCCAAAUAAAAUUUAUCAAUAUGCCAUAGAACAUGAAAUAUAUCUUGAGAAAUUUUCAGUUAUUACAGAGGCUGAGAAAAAUAGGUGGACCAUGGAUUGCUUUCGUGCUGAUUUGGAAAGAGAUAUAUGCCUUUAUCAUGGAGGAUUAGAAAGGAAUGAAGAUACUAGAAAAUAUUACAAAUUUUUAACAGAUCGGGAAAGACUAGUUGGCAAAGAAUUAUUAUGUCACAGUAUACUAAAGAGUGGUUUAAGUAUUGCAUGGCUCAAUAAUCUUAUGGAAGAAUGGUAA